GGUUCAUGUCUGUUCAUUCUUUCCACAUCCUUGGAUUUUGACCCUGGGAUUUGUGUCAUUUUGUGCUGAGGGGAGUUUCUGUACAGUGUUUUUUCUCUAGAGCUAGAUGCUAGAUGCUCACAGAACUCUCAUGCUUGCCAUCCUGAAUUCUCCCUUCUGACGUUUCUGUCGUAAAAGCUCAUCUGAAGAACUGGAGCACAUGGAGUAUUCUACUGUCGAAGAGGAGGCAGAUAAUGUUCCUCUCCCUGUGGGCUGGAAGUGCUACAUGUCAGCCGAGGGACGCAAAUACUAUGUCAACACUAGCAGUAAAGAGACAACGUGGGAACGACCAUGUACACCAGCUGCUGCCCCAAAGCCUGUUCGGACACACAAGAUCUCAGUGAAAGGAUGCCAGCCUCUCAGAGCUCCUGUCCAGCAGCUGGAGAAGGCAGACGUGGCACAGCGGAAAGCCGGCAUGAACGGCCAGGUACUGUCUUGCUGAGGCAGGUCACAUCCGAGAGCUUUAAGAGGAUUGAUGUAGCCCCGGCUCGCUCUCCCCGGCCAGGAGACAGAACAAGGAGAGGGAAAUCAAGGAGACUAAAAC